AUGGCAGAACUUUCAGUUUGCAGGAUUCGUGGCCAUGGUAUCGGCAAUGGCACGAACAAGCUUCUUGAUCAGCCCUACUCACAUUCAAGAGUUCAAAAGUCACUAUUUUUGGCCUUUCUCAUACUCCUUCCCACCAUAGUUUCCGGUGAAUGUACAUGUGAUGAUGAAGAAGGAGGUCAUAACAAGAGCAAAGCACUUAUAUACAAACUGAUCGCCAUAGCCACAAUCCUCGUAGCCGGUGCAAUCGGUGUGUGUCUUCCAGUAUUGAGCAAGACCAUACCGAGUUUAAGUCCCGAUAGGGAUUUAUUUUUCGUCAUCAAAGCUUUUGCAGCGGGUGUCAUUCUAGCAACUGGGUUUAUACACGUGCUUCCUGAUGCUUUUGAUCACUUGACAUCGCCGUGUUUGAAUGCGAAUCCAUGGCAGAACUUUCCGUUUACAGGGUUCGUGGCCAUGGUAUCGGCAAUGGGUACUCUUAUGGUUGAUACCUAUGCUACUUCUUACUACAAGAAAUCACACUUGAACAAAGCAAGGACCGAUGAAGAGAUGGUAGCUGUUGGGAUGAUGAUGGUCAUGUUCAUGUCCACACGCAUGCCACAAAUGGUCAUGCCCAUGGAUUGA